CCCCCCCACAACGCACUGCAAUUAUACGCACUCAUUCUCUUGCUCGCACGUCUCUGUGAGCACUCGUCGGAGAGACCAAACGACCUGUCGAGCGGGCUUUUAAGCAGCAGUGAUAUCUCUCGAGUUGGGUGCCCAUGGCGGCCGCUGCCACAGCCCUAGUCUCCUGCCGUUUCGCUCUGCCACCGAGAGUCGCGAGCGAUUGCUUUCUCCUUUUCCGCCCUUUCCCCGCCCGCAACCCCUCCGUUAGGUAUUCUUCGCUUUCGCCGUGGCCACGGCGACCAACUCUUAUCAGCUAUGUGCUAAAGGAGGUGGGUAAGGAGGAGGCGCAUAAUGGGGGGUAUGCUUUGAAGGAAGAUGCCCGCGGUGGGGAGGGCGAGAGGGAGGCAUCGGAGGAGAGGUUGGCGAGGAAGCAGUCGGAGAGGCGGACCUACCUGAUCGCGGCGGUGAUGUCCAGCUUCGGCAUCACUUCCAUGGCGGUCGCGUCCGUCUACUACCGUUUCUCGUGGCAAAUGGAGGGAGGAGAAGUUCCGCUGACGGAGAUGUUCGGGACGUUCGCUCUCUCCGUCGGUGCGGCGGUGGGGAUGGAGUUUUGGGCGCGGUGGGCGCACCGAGCGCUAUGGCAUGCCUCGCUGUGGCACAUGCACGAGUCGCACCACCGGCCGCGCGACGGCCCCUUUGAGCUCAACGACGUCUUCGCCAUCAUCAAUGCUGUACCCGCCAUCUCCCUCAUGGCCUACGGCUUCCUCAACCGCGGCCUCCUCCCCGGCCUCUGUUUCGGCGCCGGCCUAGGGAUUACGCUAUUCGGAAUGGCCUAUAUGUUCGUCCACGACGGGCUGGUCCACCGCAGGUUCCCCGUGGGCCCCAUCGCCAACGUGCCAUACUUCCGCCGGGUGGCAGCCGCUCAUCAGAUCCACCACAUGGACAAGUUCGAUGGGGUGCCAUAUGGACUGUUCUUGGGACCCAAGGAGCUGGAGGAGGUGGGAGGCCUGGAGGAGUUGGAGAAGGAGAUCAGCAGGAGGAUUAAGCUGUACAACAACUCCAACCUCAGCAGCUGAACCUUUUGCCUUAACUAAUUUGAGUUCAUUCGUGUGCGCGUCCUUUUAUGUAGUAUAGGUUUAGUUGUUACUGCUGAGGUACAGUAGAAGCUCGAGCUACUUAGUAGACCAGGAUGUGUUGGACGUAAUGUUCAUAGCCCAUAGGAUAUAUAUAAUUUUUUUUUGAUGUAAAUGGUACGAUAUUUAAUAGUCACGCUAAUAGGCAUUCAAUCGUGUGGA